AUGGCCUCUGUUUCUCAAACUGAUCCGCGCCGGAGGAAAGGGUCUAAGCACGACAAGACUGGUUGUUUGACCUGCCGAUAUCGGCGCAAAAAGUGUACCGAAAACACAUUUCCAGUCUGUGGCGCAUGUGCGCGUUUGAAUUUGAAGUGUGUUCGAAGCACGACUCGCGAUGUUGUGCCUACCAGCUGGGUUGAUCGCAAACAGCAAUCAACCAAACCGUCGCGUGGGGUUCCGGACGCCGAUGACGACUCACCACAGCGCUCGCGAUGUUUCCCACUCUGUCCGCCAGUAUCAAUUAUCGAGCCAUGCGAGCCACCACAGAAGAGGCAGGUCAUGCGAUAUUACAUCGAAAUUCUCAGUCAUUACCUGACCGUCAAUGAGCAGUUCAACUCAUUUCUAUCAGCGUUCUUGCCCAUGGCUAUGGAGUCGUCUGUCCUGUACGACGCACUCGUCUCAUUCGCCUCAGGUCACCUAGCAUUGAGUGAUCAAUCGUACAAGCUUUCGGCAAUUGAGGCUCACUCAACGGCAAUGACCAAUCUCGCCACGGCUCUGAGCACACCACAGAAUGACAUUACUUGGUAUGAGACCAAAGCAGCAACGUGUCUAGCCUUCGUGAUUGGCGAGGUUUGCGCGGGGAGCAACCGCGGAUGGUACACCCAUCUCAAUGGAGCAAAGCACAUCAUCGAGUCUGCUAGUGUGAACACCAGCUCAGGAGUUACACUGCAUGGACCAGAUGUUUUCAAAAAGAGUUCAGAGGGCCAGUGGAUCCUUCGCAACUUCGCGUAUCACGAUAUUGUUGGCAGCGUCACACUCAGGAGGCGUCCUCUUCUGGACUGUAGCUACCUGGAUGGCAUCACCGACGUCGUUGAUACCUACCUGGGUGUCGCAACCGAGCUCUUGCGCUACGUCUCAACUCUCUGUUUUCUCGAUGAAGAAACCAAACUGGACCUGGCCUUACCUGCCGACGAGACGGCAAGAAGGAUGAUCCAGUUCCACAGCAAAUGCGCUGAGGUUGAACAAGAGUUGCAAGACUGGCGCUGCCGCCCCGACGCUGCGCCAGAGCUAGUAGCGUUGGCCAACGCCUUUCGGAGCGCGGUGUUGAUCUUCCUUUACCGCCUCGUGCGCACUCGGAUGGAAGACGAAGCCUCAUCUGCAGAAGACGAUUGGCUGAAGGCGGUCAGUGGCUGGGAUAUUCUGCCGACAAAACUUCGCACACAGAUCUCAAAUAUUCUACGGCAUGUAUCCGACAUCCCGGUCGGCAGCCAUGCCGAAUCGGCCAUUCUCUUUCCGCUGUUCCUUGCGGGCGGUGAGGCAACUGAGGAAGAGCACAUGGAAGCAGUCCGCAGCCGAUUGCAGAUGACUUUGAAGAAGCGACGAUUUCAGAAUAUUGCGUUAUCUCUGGAUAUGCUCGAAGACCUCUGGCAGAAACGAAAGUCGGAAGACGGAACUCGAGUCGACUGGACGCAGAUAUUGGACGCAUCUGAAGAGCCUCUGCUUUUGACAUAG